AGGGUACAACUUACAAGUAGACAAUAGGAGUUGCACGAAGUCACUCGAAUAAAAAAUAACACAGCACUUGCAAUCGGAAAAUGAUGUCAAACACUCCUCUCCGAUCACCAUCAGAUUCCGACGACAGCGAUCACGACUCUUCCACCUCCACCUCCAUCAAUCCUCUCCGCCACGCAGAUCUCUCCUCAACCAUCUUCCGAUCAUACAUCGAAAUUAGCGGCAACUCAUCGCCAGACCUCACAAAGAUCCAAUCUUUCUUAACUUCCUCACGCGCUGGCGCACUCUCUUGCCUCAUUUGCCUCGAACGCAUCAAACCCACUGACCCCACUUGGUCUUGCACCUCCCGUUGCUUUGAUGUCUUUCAUUUGCUCUGUAUUCAAAGCUGGGCUCGUCAGUCUUCUGAUCUUGCUUCCGCACGCGCCUCCACGCGCCUCCCCAUUUCCGCCUCCGUGGCGGCUUCUGAUACUCAUGCUAUUUGGAACUGCCCCAAAUGUAGAAGUGAGUAUUCUAAGAGUAAUAUACCUAAAACUUAUUAUUGUUUUUGUGGGAAAGUUGAGAACCCGGUUCGUGAUCCCUGGGUGUUGCCACAUUCUUGCGGUGAGAUUUGUGGGAGGGAUUUGUUUGAUAAAUGUGGACAUUGCUGUUUGUUGUUGUGUCAUCCUGGCCCGUGUCCUUCGUGUCCUCAAUUGGUGAAAAGUGUGUGUUUUUGUGGCAAAAUUCGUGAUGUUAGGCGUUGCGGUGCUAAGGAUUUUUCAUGUGAUGGUGUUUGUUCGAAGAGGUUGGAUUGUGAGAGACAUAAAUGUGGUGAGAUUUGUCAUGACGGGGAGUGUCCACCUUGCCGAGAGCGUGGGGUUUACAGGUGUCAAUGUGGGAAGGUGGAAGAGGAGAGGGAGUGUUAUGGGAGGAGUUUUAGGUGUGAGGUUGCUUGUGGGAAGUUGCUUGGUUGUGGGAAGCAUGUUUGUGAAAAAGGGUGUCAUAAGGAGGAAUGUGGGGAAUGUCCGUUUCAGGGUAGAAGGAUGUGCCCGUGUGGUAAGAGGGUUUAUCAAGGAAUGGCUUGUGAUGUGGUUGUGCCAUUGUGUGGAGCAACUUGUGAGAAGAUGUUAAGUUGUGGUUUACACAGGUGUCCCGAGCGAUGUCAUAGAGGAUCUUGUGCGGAGACUUGUAGAACUGUUGUUACAAAGUCAUGCAGGUGUGGGAGCUUGAAGAAACAGGUUCCUUGUUAUCAAGACUUGGCAUGUGAAAGAAAGUGUCAGAGUCUAAGGGAUUGUGGACGGCAUGCUUGCAAGCGCCGUUGCUGUGAUGGGGAUUGCCCACCAUGUUCAGAGAUUUGUGAUAGGAAGCUUCGUUGUAGGAACCACAAAUGCCCGUCUCCAUGUCACAGAGGUUCUUGUGCACCUUGUCCUGUGAUGGUGAAGAUUUCAUGUUUCUGUGGUGAGACACACUUUGAGGUUCCUUGUGGCACUGAAAAAGAACAAAAGCCUCCUAAAUGUCGUAAACUAUGUCGCAUUGCUUCUAUGUGUAGGCAUGGAUUGAAUCGCAAGCCGCACAGAUGCCAUUAUGGAGCCUGCCCUCCUUGUCGUUUGAUAUGUGAAGAAAAAUACCCAUGUGGCCAUAAGUGCAAUUUAAGCUGUCAUGGUCCUAAACCUCCUCCAAAUCCUGAAUUUACAUUGAAGCCGAAGUCAAAAAAGUAUAUUCGUCCCAGUGAAAGCACACCUGGGUUGCCCUGCCCUCCAUGCCCUGAACUUGUUUGGCGGUCAUGUCGUGGCCGUCAUGUUGGAGCCGAAAGGAUGAUGGUAUGCUCAGAUAGAAGAGAGUUCAGUUGUGACAAUCUGUGUGGCAAUCUUCUACGUUGCGGAAAUCAUUAUUGUACUAAAAUUUGCCAUGCAUUAAAGAACCAAUCUCCUGUACCUGAAAGAGGCGAGUCUUGUGAAGAUUGUGACCUUCCUUGCCAAAAGGAUAGGAUCCCUGCAUGCUCACAUCAUUGCCCAUUAAAAUGUCAUGGCAAAGAGUGUCCUCCAUGCAAAGUGCUGAUCAAGCGUUCAUGUCACUGUGGGUCUAUGGUCCAUGUAUUUGAGUGCAUAUACUACAAUAGCUUGUCUGAAAGUGAGCAACUGAAAGUUCGUUCAUGUGGUGGACCCUGCCACAGAAAAUUACCUAACUGUACACAUCUGUGCCCAGAAACCUGUCAUCCUGGUCAGUGCCCAUCACCUGAAAAGUGCGUGAAAAAGGUUACUGUUCGUUGCGGGUGUCAAACAUUGAAAAAGGAGUGGUUGUGUAAGGAUGUACAAAUGGCUUAUUGCCAUGAUGAUCGUGAUCCAAAAGAAAUUCCUAAAUCUCAGUUUGGAUUGGGACUUCUUCCUUGCAAUUCAGAUUGCAGAAAAAAAGUAACUCCUGCUGAUUCAGAAUUAAAAUUCCGUAAAUCGGAAGUUCUUGAGAAGGAAGAACCCGAGAAAAACUUGCCAAAACGUAGAAGAAGGCGUGCACGAUUAGAGGAAGGCCAGAAAGUUUCAAGACUGCAGAACAUGUUUGCGACUAUAAAGCGGGUAUUUCUGCUAGCUGUGUUCAUCAUUUCGCUGAUUGCUAUAGCAUAUUUUGGUUACAAAGGCCUCUUGAGGCUUUCUGACUGGAUGAAUGAAAUGGAAGUCCAAAGACAGCGAAAGAGACGCCCACGAAUCUGAUCAUGCACGGAACUUCAAACUUUCCAAUAUUUGUAUUCGGGAAAUUUGCCCAACUCUUAUAUUUACAUAUUUGAAGUUAUAUGUGUAGCCCUCAAAGUCACAUUUUAUUUUAAAUCAUUUGUAAAUUAGAGAAAGAGCCUUUAUGUGCUUGAGCUUAACUGAUUGUUCCAGGUUUGCUGUGAAGACUUAACAAUUGGAAGAAGAAAAAGCUACCAUGGAAUUAGCAUGGGCAAAACAGUUAAUAAGAAAACUGGGAAUUCUCAUUGUUCUUGGUUCAUCUAGUAUAUCAUAUGUAAUCAACAUGAUAUUGUAGACAAAGUAAUUCAUGUAUUUCUUGACAAGAAUGUAAUGUUAUGCUACUUUUUGUAAAGACAAGAAUGUAAUGCUA